CAUGUGACCAUUUCAACAUGGCCGCGCCCUUCAGCUUGGAGGUGUGAACCUUAGAACACUGUCAGGCAGAGACAGAGUAAAACAGCUCGUCAAGCCUGCAAACUCUCAUUCAACUCUUCUUUCACGCUGGCAACAAUGGAUAAGGACAGUCUGAUUCUCCCCAAAGACUUCCCAGAGCUGAAGAACGACACAUUCCUGAGAGCCGCUCGAGGAGAAGAGCUUGAGCACAUUCCAGUGUGGUGUAUGAGACAGGCUGGCCGCUAUCUGCCAGAGUUCAGGGAAUCGAGGGCAGGGAAGGAUUUCUUUGAGACAUGCCGCUCCCCUGAAGCUUGCUGUGAGCUUACACUACAGCCGCUCAGACGAUUCCCAUUUGAUGCAGCCAUCAUCUUCUCUGACAUCUUGGUGGUCCCUCAGGCCAUGGGAAUGGAGGUUCAGAUGAGUCCAGGAAAAGGCCCCACAUUCCCAGAACCACUGAAGGAGCCUGAAGAUCUGCAGAGACUAAAGACUAAAGUAGACGUGUGGUCUGAACUCGACUACGUGUUUAAAGCCAUCACACUGACACGACACCGAAUAGAGGGAAAAGUUCCUCUCAUCGGCUUCACUGGAGCUCCGUGGACUCUGAUGUCCUACAUGAUUGAAGGAGGAGGCUCCACGACGCACUCAAAGGCUAAACGCUGGCUCUACAGGUAUCCAGAGGCCAGCCACAAACUCCUGAGCCAGCUAACGGACGUCAUAGUGGAGUAUCUACUCGGACAAGUGCAAGCUGGUGCUCAGGCUCUGCAGGUUUUCGAGUCUCAUACUGGUUGUUUGGGCCCAGUGGAGUUUAAAGAGUUUUCUCUGCCGUAUCUGAGAGACAUUGCUCGUCGUGUUAAAGACCAGAUCAAAGAAUCUGGUUUGGACAAUGUGCCUAUGAUUGUUUUUGCUAAAGAUGGUCAUUAUGGGCUUGAGGACCUCUCAGAGUCUGGUUAUGAAGUGGUGGGUCUCGACUGGACCAUAGAUCCGCGUUCAGCACGUAUCAGGACUGGAGGAAAAGUCAGUUUGCAAGGCAACAUGGAUCCCUGCGCUCUAUACGCGACAAAGGAGCGAAUAUCAGAGAUUGUGAAGAGGAUGUUGGAGGGCUUUGGCACCAAGGGCUACAUCGCUAAUCUGGGUCACGGUCUGUACCCUGAUAUGGACCCAGAAAAUGUGGGCGCGUUCGUAGAGGCUGUUCACACCCACUCUCGCCAGCUCAUCAACCGCAAAUAAGACGCUACUCUCCCAUCAGAAGACCUGAAGCACAGGAGAAACAACAACUGUUGGUGUGCAGCGAUAUAGAGUUAGAUAUGUUACAGGGUGAACUUGUCCAAAAAUGUCCAGUCAUAUUUCACUCCAAAAUGAAAAGAAAUGAGAACAUAUGUUGUGCUUAAAGAAACUAUUAAGAACACACAUUUCACGUUUCCCUCCAACAUUCUCAUUAACACAAUGCAAAAAGAUUCCCAUUUACAGUACCAUAAUGUGAGAACAAAAAAAAAAGAACUA